CAUCAUGGAGGCAAUUGGAGCUAAGAGGCCAAAAGUCCACAGCAUCAGUUCAUGCUUUCUCUGCGAUGACUGUCCCAACAACCUGGAGGCGUUACACCUCCUCCAGCACUACAAAGCAGCCAAUGGAGAGGCCAUCGACUCGGCUGCUUUGGACCCCUCGUUCGCUGCUCUGCUGAGCGGGGCAGGGGUUGUGCUUGAGGAGCCGCCUGUGGACGAUCUCCUCUCACUCCUCAAGACGUACUUCGCCUCCAAUGCCAACCCCAGCGAGAAGGAGCUGACAAAGAUCUCAGAGUCUGUCAGUUUCCCCGUGGAUGUGGUCAGAAAGUGGUUUGCAAAGAUGAACUUUAGAAAAAAUGUGGGCAAAGACGUCUCGAAUAACAAUGGACAUGCAGAGGAGGACAGCUCACAAGAAAUAUCCAACAUAGCCUCAUCAGCAGAUGCCCCGGGCUCCCUUCAUAAACAUAUUUCAUCACAUAUUUCAUCACAGGGAACCACAGGGCCUUCCUCCUCGCAGCAGGAAAAGAUCCUAAGGGGUCAAACCAUCAACCCCCCUCAGAUUGGAAAACAUAUCAACGUCAUCACUGGCGCACAGCUGCGCUCAUUAGCAGUGCUCCAUAAGAGUGCUUCAUGUUCAGCCAAAGAGAGGAAGAAGAGACGGCUGGAAAACAAUCCGUACCCAUGUGACCUUUGCUACAAAGUCUUCAAAGCGGUCUCCAGUUUGCUCAGGCACAAAUAUGAACACACAGGAAAACGACCAUUUGAAUGCAAAGUCUGCAAGAAGGCCUUCAAACACCAACACCACCUGAUCGAACACGCAAGGGUGCACUCCGGGGAGAAACCCUUUCAGUGCGACAAGUGCGGGAAGCGUUUCUCUCACUCUGGAUCGUACUCCCAGCACAACUCUAGACGCAACUCUACCCGCUGCACGAAGAUCCGUCCUGACUCUGACACGGUUCGAGACCUCGCAGAGGGUCACUCCUCAGACCUGCAUGUACCGCAGUUUGACGCUUGGACUACGACCCCAACUGGACUCAGAUGAGAGGGGAAGGUACAAGAGAAAGUUCACGACUUCUUCUGUGAUGCUAUGGAGAUCCAGCUGGAGGACGACAGGUGAGACAACGGCACAACCUGGAGAGGAAUAGAUGACAAACGGCAAAUUAAAGAUAUUCUUUUGGAGUAAAGUGGAGCUAGAAUGAUGUCACCGCUUUCUACAAAAGCCACAUGUGCCUGAACUUGAGAAAACAAAACAGUGAGUUUUGUGGUGGCAAUGACAUUUUUCUUUUUUUAAAUAGGGACACAUAUUUUUCAAGCAGAACUUACAAAGUAGGCUACCUUAUUAUACAGUAUGUGUAACUAACACAACCCCAGGUUGUUUUAUGUUUUUUUGUUUUUCUCAUUGGGUCAGUCUCCAGGUACAAAUUAAAGCCUGACUCCACCACGACUGUUUUUAAAAUGUCAAGCCAACAAAAAAAUGAGGAAGAGAGUCAAACGCAAAAGCAAACAUAAGAAUGUAUCACCGGGUGGCGCUAGAAGACCACCCAACUCAGAAGUCUGAAGACCACAAUCAGCGCUAAUCAUUCACAGUUCAUUGAGUUAUGAGCCAGGAUUAUAUAUUUGCAGUGUUGGAAAGUAACUAAGUACAAUUACUCAAGUAUUGUAAUUUAGUAAAUAUGUUGAUGCUUGUACUUCACUAUAUUUAAAAGAGAAAU